UCCCCUGCACUCUUGAGGAAUGUUCUGACUCUCAGUGAAGCAGAGUUGAGUUUGGUGAAGAUUCCUCAGAAGAUUGAGAUGAUGAUGAUGAUGCUGGACAGUUGGGGCGCUUUUCUCCAAACCUGCUUGAUAAUGAUGGUGAGAGCAAACCAGCACAACCUCAGAGAGACCAGCUGCGACCUCAACACCAAACAAAGCGAGCUCAACUCCUUCCUGUGGACGAUAAAGCGAGACCCGCCCUCGUACUUCUACGGCACCAUUCACGUCCCGUACACACGCGUCUGGGACUUCAUCCCCGAGAACUCCAAGCAGGCCUUCCAGGAGAGCAGCAUCGUGUGCUUCGAGCUGGACCUGACUGACCCGUACACCAUCUCAGCGCUGAGCAGCUGUCAGCUGCUGCCGCAGGGAGAGAACCUGCAGGACCUGCUGCCCAGAGACAUCUACCGGCGGCUCAAGACUCACCUGGAGUACGUCAAGCUCAUGCUGCCGUCCUGGAUGACGCCGGACCAGCGGGGCAAGGGCCUGUACGCAGACUACCUGUUCAACGCCAUCGCCGGGAACUGGGAGCGCAAGCGGCCCGUGUGGGUGAUGCUGAUGGUCAACUCUCUGACCGAGGCCGACAUCAAGACGCGCGGCGCUCCUGUGCUGGACCUGUAUCUGGCGCAGGAGGCCCAGAGGAUGAGGAAGAGGACGGGAGCCGUGGAGAAGGUGGAGGAGCAGUGCCAUCCUCUGAACGGACUCAACUUCUCUCAGGUGAUCUUCGCUCUGAAUCAGACGCUGCUGCAGCAGGAGAGUCUCCGCGCCGGGGGCCUGCAGGUGCCCUACACCACAGAGCACCUGAUCAAGCACUACAACUGUGGAGACCUCAACUCCAUCAUCUUCAACCACGACACCUCGCAGGUGCCGAACUUCAAGAACGCGACGCUGCCGGCGAGCGAGCAGGUGACGGCGCAGGAGAUCGAGCACUACUUCAGACAGGAGCUGAUCUACAAGCGUAACGAGCGCAUGGGCCGGCGCGUCCGAGCGCUGCUGGAGGAGCAGCCCGACAAGAGCUUCUUCUUCGCCUUCGGAGCAGGUCACUUUCUGGGAAACAACACUGUGAUUGACGUCCUGCGGCGUGAAGGGUAUGAGGUGGAGCACACGCCUGCUGGACAGACGCUACACAGGUGGUGGUGUUGGGUGGGGACGCUGGAGCCGUUCCUCCACGAGAGCCGAGAUCUUCAGGAGGACGAGGACUCGAACCCGCGGCUCCUGGAGCUCCUGGAGAAGGUGGAGCACAAGCUGAAGAAGAAGCAGCGCCGCAUCAAGCAGAAGAAGCAGCGCCGUCGACAGUUCAACGAGCUCUGGGUGCGGAUGGAGAGUGUGACGGCUGAGGCUCCGCCUCCUGUCGUCCGCAUCAUCAACGGUUACUUCACGGUCCAGACACACCCACAGGAGCACGGCCGAGCCAAUCAGCACAGGACGUUCUCAGGCUCCUCCUCCUCGUCCUGGAGCCCCGCCCUCACUGCGACGGCUCUGUGUGUUCAGAUCCUGCUGCUGCUUGUGUAAGGUCUGAUGAACCACGGACAGACUCUGAACCUCCUGCUUCAUGCUGAACACUUCCAUGUAAAUAUAUAGAUGUAAUUUAGUUUUGAAUAAAGCAUUUGUUUGUUUCCUUAUUAUAUAAAUAUAUAAAUAAGAGUCAUUAUAUUUUUGUGACUAAAUCAGCUACUAAUGAACAGCAGUGAAUUUUCAUGUUUCUUCAUCUUUUCAGUCUGUCAACUUCAUGCAUUUGACGAUUGUUUAAAAUGUUGUUUAUGACAUAGAAAUGAGUCAUUUAAUUUAUUGAACGGAUCGUUUUAGUUGAUCUAAAUGUGUUUAUGUGAUUGUUCAUGGCAGAAUGGCAAACUGUAAUGGUGUUUGUGACGUUACAGUGAUUAUGUUAGUCUGUGAUGUUACAAUGUUGAACUCUAUUCAGCUGAAUAUAGACGAUGGGAAGCGGCGGUCUAGGACUGGCGUUCCAGCGCUGAGACGUUUGGACUCGACAGAUUCUGCCUGAACCGAUGACUGGCGCCGCGGCUCUUUGGAAGAGAGCUUUUAUUACGCUCUUUAGAAUAAAUCAUCUGAUGGAUUUAUGAAUCUGAACGGGACGGUUUAUUUCUGGUGGCCAAUGAAGUGUGAAAGGAUUUUUCUUUGUAAAACAAGAAGUAUGAUGGUAUCAAGUUGUGAAAGCUGCUCUGAGAGCAGAUAUUUCUAAUGGAUGUCAAAUACAGUUAUAUAAACAUCCGAAUGGUGAUUUACUGUAAAUGUGUGUUUGGCUAUAAUAAACCCCAGUCAGAAUCACUGCUGUCAGAGAUAAUCAGCACAGUUUGGAUUGGCACCCUUCAAUUCAUAAGAGCAACAAUAAAACCCAACAAAACAAACCAUACGUCCAGCAUCCUGAACACAAACCCAGAGAAAAUCAAUCGAAGUGCCAGAAAUGAUCAAAUUCCAAAACUACAGCUCUAUUCACGUACUGAAGAACAUACCAGCGCACCUCAGCUUCACAGCUGAAUUACACAACAAGCUAAUAACAAACAGAAGGCCAGAGAAGCAUGUAACCAAUAAUAACUAAUAACCCUAAACAAUAAGCACACUGCCAAAUAAGACUAGCUCUAAAGCAUGCAAUCAGCAGAUAAGGCUGAAGAAACAAGCAUGAUGCCAAUAAAAACCAAGCAGGCCUAAAACAACAAGCACUGAAGAAACCCCAAUAAUUAAGCAACAAGCAUGAAAGGAA